AUGCCGCCAAUGGGUUAUAACAUGGGUGGUCCGUAUAGGAUGGGUGGUGGUGACAUGGGGCCAAUGGGUGGUGGAAUGGGCCCAAUGGGUGGAGGAGUGGGUCUUAUGGGCGGUGGGAUGAUGGGUGGAAAUGCACCUCUUGCGCAAGGUCAACGAGGGAUGAUGGGCUCCUCAGGACUGACACCGGUUCCUCCCCCAGCCGGUUGUAAUACUUCUAUGGGUCCACCAGGCGGUUAUAGUAGUUCAGUGGACGGAGGUUACGGCGGUCAAGGUGGAUACGAUGGUCCAGGUGGAUUCGAUAACGGAGCAUACGGAGGCAUUGAUCAAACCGGACAAGCCGGGUUCAGUGGCCCUGAAUAG